AUGCCAUAUGCGUAUCAAAGCGAGGGCGUCGUGUCAGAAGAAGAAGGUGCAGGGACGUUUCUCGCGCACCUUCCCUCUGACACGCCAGUUUACCGUUACGAUAAACAGUGCGUUCUAGAGAGCCUUUACCCUCCUUUCUCGGUCGAGGAUCGUUUCGUCGUCUUGAAACACUUCCCGGCAGGCAGACUAGCCAAACACGAGGAAGAAUUGCCAGGACGCUGUGACUAUUCGCCUUCACUUCAGAUUCUCAUCCUCACAAUGCCCGGUCAACCACACGAAGAAGCGGCGUCUAGUUUCGAGGUGAUACUUAUAAUACUCGCACGAGAGAUGAAAGUCUACGGACGGAUUGCGAAUUGCGGAGCGACUCGUGUGGAUAACCCCGAUCGAAGCAAGCAGGCAGACCGAUCCUGGAAACCGGCCUGUCAAGAGAGAGAAUUCCCAACGGUGGCAUUGGAAGUUGGGUUUUCAGAGACUACUGCAAAAAUCGAAAAGGAUAUUGCUUGGUGGAUCAAUGGAUCAAAAGGCGAAGUCAGAAUGGGGAUCACCAUCGACAUCAAGAGAAGAUCUCACAACAUUGAAAUCAAAUCCUGGACUCCAGCAUUCGAACCACCACUACGCGAUAUCCAUAUCACAACCGGUGGUCGCCAGGUUAUUAACAGACGUAUCACAAAUCCCCCGCCACCUCGAAUGGUCCAGCGAAUUCUCCUGCGGAGAGGGAGAGAUGGCUCUAGCCCUACGAUUGAAGGAGACUCCUUAACCAUACCAUUCCGUGCACUGCUGUUGGAUGCGCCAGGAGAGGGCGAGGGUGAUUUCCCAUCAAAGCCCAAGAAGAAGAAUGAGAAGAAGAAGGAGAAGAAGAAGGAGAAGAAGAAGGAGAAGAAGAAGGAGAAGAAGAAGGAGAAGAAGAAGGAGAAGAAGAAGGAGAAGAAGAAGGAGAAGAAGAAGGAGAAGAAGAAGGAGAAGAAGAAGGAGAAGAAGAAGGAGAAGAAGAAGGAGAAGAAGAAGGAGAAGAAGAAGGAGAAGAAGAAGGAGAAGAAGAAGGAGAAGAAGAAGGAGAAGAAGAAGGAGAAGAAGAAGAAGAAGGAGAAGAAUCGCCGUGCGCGAUCAAUGCAGCAGCGUUAG